UCUGGAUGUUAGAAGCACAGUCAGUACUGGAGAUAUCUAUUAUAGAGGAAAAGGGAAGUGUGCUAGCAUCCCUGAUAUAGCCACACUCUGUGGGAGGCUAAAUCUUUGAGCAGUUGGAUAUAUAAGAUGUAGGAUGUUCCCUAUUUCAAGAAUCAAGAGGCAGCCCAUUUUUUGGCCGAUGAAUGCAGAACCACCUCCCUGGAUUUGUAUGAUCCCAGAAACACCUGGUGUCUUUCGGAUAGGUGCUGUGCCCCCACCAUUUAUUUUGUCCUGUUCUCCCCCAUCUCCUUUGUUACAGGGUGUACCUGCCUGGCAAAUUCCCUGUGAUCCUUUCUUGCCUUUGAUGUCAGUAUCCCCUGCACCAGAACCUGCUGCACAUCAGUUUCCUCUUUCAAAUGGGCAGUGGAUAGAUUCUCAUUCUCCUCCAUUGGGAUUCUCUCCAUCUUCAAGUACGGAUUUAUUUCCUCUUUUUCCACAUAUUUACUCAUCUACAGUUCCUCCGUACACUGAAAAAUGUUGGAUUGAAAAGAAAAUGUCUAAUUGCAAGAUUUUUUUAAAUAACUGCUUCACUUUGGACUCUUCUUGGAUGCAUCCUCCAGAGGAACUGAUACUACUUCAGGGAUUUGAAAAGCCUAAUAGAAGGACAAGCCAAGUAACUAUGGCUAUAUCUAGGCCAACAACCACUGCAAGGCCUCUACAUACUGUUAUAUUAACACCUCAACGAAUGACAGGUACUUAUCAGGGAGGUGUUAAGCAAGCUGGAACCAAUCAGGCUAUUACAUUGGUUGGUGCAGUGGCUCCUCCUCCUACGACAUUAAUGGCUGUAGAAUCAGAAGCAUCUCAUGGAUUAUCCUCUCCAUCACUUCAAACUUGCCAUAUGCUGACUUUGUCACCAAUCAAGAUACCAUUUAUAGGCCCCCAUUUGCCAGGGGGUCCAUCAAGAAUUGAAUCUCAUAUGACACCAUUGCUACCAACUCAGUUUGCCAGAUUAACCACCUCACCCUCAGUGACCUUCAUGACUGCAAGUCUAGUAGAUCCACCAUCAAAUGAUAAGAGAACAGAAACAAACAGAACCUCUUGCUCUGCGGCAUUAAUUUUACAUUCGGAGAGGAAAAAUAUACCGGCAAAGACAGAUGAAAAGGACUAUUCUGUUAAGCUGGGAAAUGAUGAAGAUGGCACCACCAAUGGUAAUAAACCUGUGGCUUCAACGCCUGUUCCAGGAUCUCCAUGGUGUGUAGUAUGGACUGGAGAUGAUAGAGUAUUUUUCUUCAACCCUACAAUUCAGCUGUCUGUUUGGGAUAAGCCAAUUGAUCUGAAAAAUCGUAUGGACAUAAACAAAAUUAUCGAGGACCCGCCUCACAAACGGAAACUGGAAAGCUCUCCAACUAGCAAAAAGGAUGGAUUUGUCCCAGAAGAGAAUAAUGAUGAGCACAAUACCAAAACAAAAAGGAACAAAACUGAAGACCCUCGUAUUCCUGACCAAGGGAAUGUUGACGGUGAAGAGAAAAAUGAGAAAUCUCCUUCCCCAGAGGUAUUGCCUCCUUUGGAAGAACGUAUGACAUGCUUCAGAAGCAUGCUACUUGAAAGAGGGGUAUCAGCAUUUUCAACAUGGGAGAAAGAGCUACACAAAAUAGUAUUUGACCCCCGAUAUCUUGUACUAAACUCAGAUGAACGAAAACAGGUGUUUGAUCAAUUUGUAAAGACACGGAUUAAGGAAGAGUACAAAGAAAAGAGGACAAAACUGAUGCUUGCCAAAGAAGAAUUUAAAAAACUUCUAGAAGAAUCUAAAGUCUCCCCAAGGACUACAUUUAAAGAAUUUGCAGAAAAAUAUGGAAGAGAUCAGCGAUUUCGUAUAGUACAAAAGAAAAAAGAUCAAGAACAUUUUUUCAAUCAGUUUAUUAAUUUACUUAAGAAAAGGGACAAAGAAAACAGAAUGAGACUUCGGAAAAUGAGAUAGAAAAAUGUGAAUGUGCAAUAAAGCGAAAGAUUAUUGCAUAUCAUGACUGCCAGAUAUAAAGAAAACAUAUUUUCUUUACAUAAUUUAUCAUUUAGCAGAGGGAGAAUAUGUUAAUUCCUGGAAACAAUGUCUUACUCACUGGACAUAUUUUUGCUUAUGAAGUGUUUCCCUGAAGACAAAAUUUAGUUCUUUGAGGAAUUAUCUGUUUCAUAUUGAAGCUAUUUUUUAUAACAUUCAGAGUUUAAUGUGUCUCAAUUUGCCAUUAUAAUGUAUGUCAAAUCCUUAGUUGCUUCAAUUAUGCAAAUUACUUGUAUAAUUCAUAAUGUAAAAACUGAGAAUAAAUUGACAUUUGAAUAUGCCAUUAAAACGUCAAAAAAAAGAGUACUUUCUAUGUAAGUGCACAUACCCUUAUAAAUAAAGCGUGUUCUUAAGAGAU